ACGCCAACGUCCGAUGACACGGACACACUCUCGUCACUGGCUUUCUCUGGGCUUAUAUAGGGAGAGACUGCCCUCUGCUGCCCCCGACAGCCAAUCGUGCGUUACCUGGCCGAGCCUUGGUUGGGGAUUGGUCGCUGCUCUUCCCCUCUAAUGUGCGGUCUCUAUCACGCGCCUCUUGGCUUUUCCUGCCGGUGUUUGAAGGGGCGUGAACUGCUGGAGGUGCAGUUCGAGGCGAGACUUCCGGGAAGAAGAUGAAUCUGGCGGAGGUGCCUUUUUACACGGAGCUGCUGUUAUAACCUGAGAGUGCCGAAAAGGUGGACUUCCCAAUGAUGACAGGAGCUGCUUCUUCGAUCUGCUCAAGCAAGUUUUCUAUGCCAUGAGUAAUACCACCAUGCCCACCUCUGCUGGGCCAACCAAUGACUCCCUGGUGGGUUAUGUUCUAGUGCCGUUUUUCCUGAUCACCAUUGCUGGAGUCGUCAUGGCAGUGAUGAUGUACAUCCAGAAAAAAAGGAGAUAUGAUCGACUACGCCAUCAUCUGUUGCCAAUGUACAGCUAUGAUCCUGCGGAGGAGCUGCAUGAGGCUGAGCAAGAACUCCUGGUGGAGCCAGAGGAUGCUAAAGUGAUGCGAGGUUGGGGAGGAUACCAGCCCUAUCGCAAUUCAUUUAUGGAUGUGAAAGCUUGAUGCUGCUCAGCUCAGACUGACCACAGAGUAUAGAUGGAUGACCUCUUCUACCUGGCAUGUGUGCCAACCUGAAUGCCAUUAACAUUGCUGCCUUUCUUUACACUUCAGUACUAUAGCCUCUUGCCAUGACUUCCAGUAACAGAAGGUGAAUGGGUGCCAGCCCUAUCAAGGAGGUUGGCACUGAGCAUCUGGUACAAAGAGCAGCUUAGGGAGUUGGAAAGUUGUCUUUGGAACUAGAACAGCUUGCUGUGCGGCAUUGUUCUUUGUAUCAACCGUCUCCUGAUUUGCAUUUUAUUUGAAUGAUGAGAUACAGGAGUUUCUGAAAUUUCAAGUAAAAUAUUACUGAAUAGCUCUUGCAUUAUGGGCAUCAAUCCUCAAAAGCUCAGCUUCAUUAAAAAAGCAAAAACAAAGCUGUUGACCUCCACUUCCUUUUGUGAAUAAAGGGCAUCAGAGCUGCAGCUGCUAUGAUAUUCCAGCACAUUUGCUAGCUGCCUUCUCUCCUUACAUGCCUAAGUAUGUAAAAGGGUGUAUUAUUUAAAGUUGUUGGAUUCCUGUGAGGUGUUGCUGAAUAGAUGCGAGCAAAGUGAAUAAAAUCACCAAUUGCAUAGCUCGGUGGUUGAGGGGUGGUGGUGUAUUUUUUAAAAUAGGUAUAAUGAGUACAUGAUCUCUUUGGAAUUGUUUGCAUGCUACAUGCUGGGAGGAUGCAGUUUAGCUAGGAAGGUCAUACAGAUGGUUAGCAUGUCUAUCAGAAGGGACCUUGGUUAUUUCUGAGAGUUGUUUCCAUUGGUGACAUGUUUGAGCUCAACAGGAUGGCUCUUUCUAUGCUCACUUUGUAUUUCGUAUUUGGGAAAUCAUCUCUGUUUUGUAAAUAAAACCGAUCCUGACCAGGAGCAUCUGUGGCAAAACGUCAAGCUUUUCCAGUGCUGUAACCUGUUAUGCCUGUCUUUGUGAGUACAGCUUGUUACCAUUGAUGUACCUGUGGUGGACUGAGGACGUGUUGGUGCAGUAAUAUCAUUGCUGCCUUGCUGAAGCUGAAAAAUCUGUGCUACCCAUUGCUUGCUGAGCCCAACUAAUGGACACAGAUUAUGCACCUAAUGAGAAAGCUGCACUGGUAACUUUGAGAAAAUGUUUUAAAGAGUAUUUUGCUUGCCUUCAUGUCUUUUUCCCCUGAUGUUUUGAUUUUUAGCAGGUUUGCGGGUCUUCCACAGAUUUUAAGAACACUGGGAUGUGACUUACAUUGCCUGUACCUGAUGCCUUUUGAGGUUGAAAUAAUGUAUUCCUAAAUGCGAAGGAAAAAAGAAAUGUGAAGACUGUGGUUCUGGAAAUAAAGUUAAUUUCUCCGUGA